AUGGGCUGGCUUUUCCUAAAGGCUUUGACAGUGGGGUUGAGUGUCUUGGGAUUGUUUUAUCCUCUUGUGGAUUUUCGCUCCAGUGAGAAAAGCAGAGGCCAGAAACCAAAUUUCGUGGUCAUUUUGGCUGAUGACAUGGGGUGGGGUGACCUAGGAGCAAACUGGGCUGAGACUAAGGACACGACCAACCUUGAUAAGAUGGCCAUGCAAGGAAUGAGGUUUGUGGAUUUCCACGCGGCCGCGUCCACUUGCUCACCCUCCCGCGCCUCCCUGCUCACCGGCCGGCUGGGUCUUCGCAAUGGAGUCACCCACAACUUCGCGGUCACCUCGGUUGGGGGCCUUCCACGCAACGAGACAACGUUGGCCGAGGUGCUGCGGCAGGCUGGCUACGCGACUGGCAUAAUAGGCAAAUGGCAUCUUGGGCACCAUGGAUAUUUUCACCCCAACUUUCGUGGUUUUGAUUACUACUUUGGAAUCCCAUAUAGCAAUGACAUGGGCUGCACCGAUACCCCCGCCUACAACCACCCUCCUUGUCCAGCAUGUCCACGGCGGAGCGGGCCAUCACGGACUCCCGACAGGGACUGCUACACGGACGUGGCCCUUCCGCUCUACGAGAACCUUGCCAUCGUGGAGCAGCCGGUGAACUUGAGCAGCCUGGCACGGAGGUAUGCCGAGAAAGCCACCCAGUUCAUCCAGGACGCCAGCACCAGCGGGAGGCCCUUCCUGCUGUACGUGGCCCUGGCCCACAUGCACGUGCCCUUGCCCCGGACUCAGCCAGCAGCUGACCCGCCAGGCUGGAGGCCGUACUCCGCUGCCCUUCGGGAGAUGGACUGGCUGGUGGGCCAGAUCAAGGACAAAGUUGACCACACAGCAAAGGAAAACACGUUCAUCUGGUUCACAGGUGACAAUGGCCCGUGGGCUCAGAAGUGUGAACUGGCAGGAAGCAUGGGUCCCUUCACAGGACUGUGGCAAACCCGUCAAGGAGGAAGCCCAGCCAAACAGACCACAUGGGAAGGAGGACACCGGGUCCCAGCCUUGGCUUACUGGCCUGGCAGAGUCCCCGCCAAUGUCACCAGCACUGCCUUGUUAAGCGUGCUGGACAUCUUCCCCACCAUCGUGGCCCUGGCCCAGGCCAGCCUGCCCUCGAACCGGCGCUUUGAUGGGCUCGAUGUCUCUGAGGUGCUCUUUGGUCAGCUGCAGACUGGACACAAGGUGCUUUUCCACCCCAACAGUGGCGCGGCCGGAGAGUAUGGAGCCCUGCAGACCGUGCGCCUGGAGCAUUACAAGGCCUUUUAUGUCACCGGUGGAGCGAGAGCCUGUGAUGGGCGUGUGGGACCAGAGCAACGGCAUGAGCUCCCGCUCAUUUUCAACCUGGAAGACAACUUGGCCGAAGAUGUGCCCCUGGAGAGAGGUGGUCAUGAAUACCAGGCCGUGCUGCCCGAGGUCAGGCGGGCACUCGCCGACGUCCUGCAGGACAUCGCCAAUGACAACAUCUCCAGCGUGGAUUACACUCAGGACCCCUCGGCCACCCCCUGCUGUGACCCCCACCACACGGCCUGCCGCUGCCUGACCACGUAG